CCUGUGGCUUUUACAGGAGUGUCCCCAGCUGCUGCCCCACGAGGCAUCCUGGUGCCGGUCAACGUGGUGAAGCCCAUCACCCUGCGGGCCAAGAACCUUCCCCAGCCACAGUCAGGACAGAGGGGCUAUGAGUGUCUGCUCACCAUCCAGGGGUGGAGCAGAGGUGCCCGCGCUCCGCUUCAACCAGCAGCUGUGUUCAGUGCCAGAACACCUCGUACUCAUAUGAUGGGAUGGAGAUGAGCAGCCUCCCUGUGGACCUGACGGUCAUCUGGAACGGAGACUUCAGCAUCGACAACCCCGCCGACAAUAAAGUUCAUCUGUACAAGUGUGAUGCCCAGAGGGGUAGCUGUGGCCUGUGUCUGAAGGCUGACCCCCUGUUUGGCUGUGUGUGGUGUAAGGGGGAGAACCGCUGCACCCUCAAGCAGCACUGUCCCCACCCUGAGAGCCAGUGGCUGGAGCGCAAUGGACUCAACAGCAAGUGUACACACCCACGCAUCACCCAG